UCCAACGCGAGUCCUCCUUCUCCGUCUGUCUUUGUGACAAAACCAAGAAAACAACGGGGGAAGUGUUGACGGGCUGAACUUUUCCCUGUUUGUUUGAGGACGGGGGGAUUAAACAUCUGCAGAGUUGGAGGAGGAGGAGGAUGAGGAGGAGUUGGGGAGGAAGAAACUGAACUAUGUGGCAAACAGCGAAGCUGCUCGGUGCAGGAAAAAGUUUUCUCGGGAGGAGCUGAUGGAGGGAGAGAAGGAGAAACUGUGGCAGCAGCGAGAGGAGAAGGAGAGCAACGAGGCGGAGGACGACCGGAAGAGCGACGAGGAUGCCGACGAUGAAGAGGAGGAGGAGGAGGGGGCGGAGGGGGCGGUGCUGGGCUGGCAGGAGGGCUACGAGCAGGACAACCUGGGCCUUCCCAUCAUGCACUGGGAGGCGCUGAGUCUGCGCAUCGCUGAGCUGGAGAAGCAGGAGGAGGAGAAGCGGGAGAAGACCGCCGCCUCUCUGGAGCGCCUCAGGAGCCCGGUGAGCUGGCCGGAGGACCGAGGGAGGAGGACGGACAGAUGGGAGGACGGCAACGACGCCUGCAACAGCCACGUGCUGGCACUCACGUCCCGCCUGCAGACGCAGAUGAAUCUCCAGCUCUGCUUCAUCAACAACAGCGAAAGCGAAGAAGAGGAGGUGGAGGACCAAAAGAACAAAGGGGGCGCUUGCAACAAGAAGGGGACUGGAGCUCAGAUCCACAAGAACUCCCAGCAUCCUGCCAAACCCGAGGCGUCGAGAGCGAGACGCUUCAGGAACACUCUGAGGAGCCUCCGAGACCGGCUGAGGACAGACAACAAGUCCCUGGCUGCAGCUGGAACAGAAGCGGCGGUCCAGAGGAAACAUCUGGAGCUGGCUGACCUGCAGAGGCUGAACAUCAAGGACCUGAAGGCGCUGUGCUCCUCCCUCAGCAAGGCCACCCAAGACCUGAGCUCCGAGCUGGUCAAGUGCCUCCACAUCCGAGACCAGCUGAGGACGGAGCAGGACGCCAUGCUGCUGGAGGUGCAGGACCUGACGUCGCUGUGAAGCCGCCGCGAAGCCGCUGCUCGCCGAGGUUCACCUACCGCCCUGAAGGGAACAUCUCUUUCUGUUUUUAGUUUUUUUAGUUUCCCUCCCAGCGAUGUGGGAAACAAGACGUCCAGUUCCUCAACCGGCCGCAGAAGCAGAAGGGAAGUGAUGGGAUCUGCAUCUCUGAACAUUUCUGAGGAUAGAAUCGGUGGUUUCCCCCCGAUGUGCCGUUGCAGCAUCGGUCGUCACCGUGACGUCAUCUGGUCCAGGUCUGGUGAACAUCUCAGCGUCAUCUGCUCUGCUGAGGUUUCAGUGAAGAACAAACGGACGAAGCUCGCUCACGUUGGUCUUAAUGUUUCUGCCAGGAUCAUUUUCAUGUUAUUUAGCCCCUAAAGUAUCAAUCAGAGUAUCGGCCCUUGUUUGGUUUUUCUGUUUCAAAAUGAAGCUGGAAAACCAGAAAAAUGGACUGAUGAUAUUGUUUGUUUUAAAUUUUUUUUUAACUCUAAAACUUGAAACUAAAAAGAGGAAACAUUUCAAAAGGGAAACGACUAAAAGGGAUUUCAGUUUACGUCGUCAGCGGGGUGUGAUCCCGUAUCAGGGCAGGAGGGACGAAGACCCCAAACUGAACACCACAGCUCAGAAAUCUAGUUUUAGCAUGUCGUCAUGUCGCAGUUUUAGUGGUAAAAUUAUCAGCGCUUUUCACAAAUGUUACUAAUAACACACUAAAACAAAAGAGCAUGAGAUGGUUAAACAAGUGUACAGUAAACGCCUCUUCCAGAGGAGUCCGCCGACGUUCAGGGGGCUGUAAUGUCCAGUUAAACAGUUUCCAUCGAUCAGUCCCGAUCGGUUCGUCGCCGCGGUGAUUUACUGACACUGAGAGGUUUUCUUCUUCUAACGUAGCGUCAUAAAUCCCUCCUGACGGAGUUUACAGUUGGAGUGUCAGGAGGCCCCGCCCCCCUUAGUUAGUGUUGCUAACGUUGUUUACAGUUUUACAGUCUGGGUGAAAACCUUGUAUCAAGAUGUUUUCAAGUAAAAGGGAAUAUGUGCGCCACCCAGGAUCAACGAUGUGAACCAACGCAGACAUGUAGCUCUGUUUUGUUUGGAUUUAGGAAGAAAAUAAAUGUCCGUCCUCUCUGAAGAGCUGCUAGAUGAGAGUGUAGACAUGCUGUUUUACAUUUAUUUAGCAUAAACUCCAUCGAACAGACGAGAGUUCAGGAUCUUCAGUGUUUUUCUGUGGAGCUGAAAGCUGCAGAUGUCUGAUGGUGCUUUUCCACUAGAACCUACUCAUCUCAACUCGGCCAAGUUUCUUUUCCACUACAAUUCAGCACCUGGAGUAGAAGUAGGAGGUUGGAGUGAAGCUGCUGUGAUGUAUUUGAUUGUGUAUCUAAACGAAGAAGACAACAACACUAAAGCCUGAAUUAUAGUUCUGCGUUAAACCAACGCAGAGCCUACGCCGUUGCCAUGACGCCGUCGUGAACCCUUCGGACUUCUCCGUCACUCCAUUUCGCCGCAAUACCCCCCCAGAGCGCUAGUUGAUACUUUGUUUGCAAUGAUGGCGCUUUUUAAUUUUUUUUAGUUUGUCUCGGUGCUGCUGAAAAGUCAGCUGGAGCCGCGAGCAUCUAUGAAGUGACAGAGCUCCUGGUGGAUCUGGUCGUUCCUUAUCACCCGUCUAGAUCCCUUUUUAAUUCUCUCCUCAGCCACCAGGUUUAUGAACAUCUGCACCUCAGAGUUGGAUCGGAAACAGACAUUUGCUGCUGUUGCCGCUGGAAUAAAAUGAACAAGAAGCCGUCAGAGUCGCUCUUUCACUGAUGUCACAUCCUGACUCAGACGUCUGACUCCAACCCCCCGACCAAUCGGUGGCCUGUAGUGUGAUGACGUCAGAUACAGCCGACUCAGCCGCUUAGAACCUCGGCAGAGUAGAUACAGAAAAGUAUCUACUCGGCACAUUAGACCCCUAGUGGGAAAGAACCAAACCGAGUCGAGUCGGGCUGAGUAGGUGCUAGUGGAAAAGCGCCAUGAGUUCUGGUCCCUGCUGAACUGGUACUCGACAGCCAUUGGCUCGUCUGCAUUUUAGGGGUGGGGGUUAAUGAUGGGCCCCCCUCCCGGGAGCAGCUACGGUGUAGUUUGAACCCUUACACCGUCCACCAGCGUUGGUCAUCGGUGCCGCCGGGACCCGUUCACGUCCGCGACCCGUCUAACGUCGGGGGUUAAACGGAUCAUUGCCUCUGAGUUUCUGAUUUGGGGAUUUUCCCCAGCUCCUCCGGCAGAUCCCUGGACUCCCGAGUAGGAACUAGUGACUGUAGAUGAAGGUGAGGUGGAUUCAUCUCAUCACUUCUCUCGUAUCUUGUUAGAAACGUUUUUCUGAUAUUUUUAUUUUACUAAAGAGUUAAAGAUGUUUGUUAUGAUGAAUCCUUUAAACCACAACUGCACAUUUCAGGUUGACUUCACUGUAACAACCUUUCUGCUCUGUUUUAACGCCUCAGUCGAAGCUUUGUUUGUGUUUUGCUUGUUUUGUUUUCUUGGUUGUUUUUUUUUUUUUAUGGUGGCUGCAGUUUGUACCGAGCACGUUGGGUCCCCCGGCCGGCCUCUCCGUUAUUAUUUAACUUCUACUUUUAAACUCUUCAGAGUCGGCCUGUGUUGAAAAAAUCGAUUUUCAAAUUCUAAAUCGAUUCUCAUAAUGAUUCCUAAAAAUCGAUUCGUAUCAUUACAUUGCAACUUUUGGUAUUUUUUUGUUUAUGCCCAAAAAAGGAAUGUUUUGUUGGAUAUGAGAAUAACUGGUCCAUGUUUUUGCCUUUUAAAUAUGUUUAAAUGUAUGAAAACAUUAAUGUUUUCAGUUAUAAUUGCAUAAAUUGUCUAUAUUUCAUUGGAAAAACGGAAUGUGGGAAAAAAUAAAACCGAUUUCAUCUGUC